AUGACAAAAUGGGAAGCCUCAAGUCCCUCAUGGCACAAAUUAAACUUUGAUGGGGCGGUCCACAAUAAUUGGCAAGCUGGAGGUGGUGUUAUAAGAGACCAUCAGGGUUUUCUUAUCGUCGCCUACGCUGGAAGUUUGAGGAACCAUACUAUCAACCAAGUUGAGGGGAUGGCCGUUUUAUGGGAAAUGAAGUUCGCCAUUGCUAUAUGUAUCAAACAACUUGAAAUUGAAGGUGAUUCUAAUAUAAUUGUGGAGGCUUUCAGUGGAAGAAGUGUGGCGGGAUGGAAAGUGGAAGUGAUAUUGAGGGAUGUUAGAAUGCUCUUAGCUAACCUUGAUAGUUUCACUAUCUGCCAUAUUUACAGAGAAGGGAAUGCGGUUGCUGACUCCAUGGCUGCUUUCGGAAUGCUGCAAGAUGGCUUACGGUGUUGGAGGAAUGUUCAUCUGUUGUCAGUGGUUACCAAGGAGAUCCUUGAGAGGGAAAGUUUAAGUGCUAAUAAUGUUUAA